UAUCAGCUUCUUCAUCAUCGCAACAUAAAACAGAACAUCAAGCAAUCAGAAAUAUCAACAAGCUUCUUACAUAUUUUGAGUGGAUCGAGUUCGUUUGGGAAAAAUGGCAAGCUACGGAGGAGGAUAUGGACAGCAACAGCAGCCGACUGAUGCCUAUGGCAAUCCGGUUCGUCAAACAGACGAGUACGGGAACCCGGUUCAGCACACGACUGGUGGAACCAUGGGUGAGUAUGGCAGUGGGGGCCACAUGGGUACUGGUGCAACAGGCACUCAUGGCAUGCAUGGCUCUGGUGCAACUGGCACACAUGGAACUGGUUUGUCUACAGGCACUUACGGCCAGGGCCAGGGCCAGCUACACCGCUCUGGUAGCUCCAGCUCUAGUUCGGAGGACGACGGAAUGGGAGGGAGAAGGAAGAAGGGGAUGAAGGAGAAGAUAAAGGAGAAGCUGCCUGGUGGGCACAAGCAAGAGCAACAAGGUUAUUCAACCACCACUCCCGGAGGAGGCUAUGGGACUACCGGAGGAUAUGGAGAGCAGACUCAUGAGAAGAAAGGAAUGCUGGACAAGAUCAAGGAGAAGCUGCCCGGGACUGGCCACCACUGAAUAAUUAUUACCAUCAUGCUACGACCUCUAUGAUGAGAGUGUCUCUUGUGUAUAUCUAAAUAAGCCUUUGCUUUGUUGGGCUAGUUUGUUGUAAACAUUUUCUUGUUUUGUACUAAUAACGUCUAAGCGGCUACUCCAUCUGGAUGUGGAUGGCUCCUCUCGGCGGUUCAUCAUCCAUUUGUCAGGCUGCGUGUAACCUGUGUUGGUUUGUAUACAAGUUAAGUCGCAUGUAAUAUAUAUGGCUGGGUACGUGGUUGAUUGUUUGUGUGCUUCUCGGCAAGCAGUUAAUUGAUGUUGUGUUUAUUGGCA